CAACAACCACCCCAUCAAGCCCUAAUCUGCCGCCGGCCCCGUCAUAGUGUCCCGUAAUAAAGGCACAUAAAAUCCGAACCUGUCCGGAACGUGCCGGUUCCUUCUCAGAGAGCUACGGUCACUAUAAGCGGGCCAUCACUGCUGUUGCCGGCAUUUCUCAACUGUCUAGGUAUAAAUUCCUGGUCACGUUGAGCCCUCUCCCAGAUCUUUCUUUCUUCACCACACAACCACCAUCCUCCGACAGGCCUGUUUAAAGACAGAACUUCACACCACCACUUCUCCAGUAUCUAUCAGACAAGACUGUCAAACCACAAACCUCGUCGACCUACCACUCUCAAUCGCCAUCGCCAUGUCUGAUAGGGACAACAAGAACGACCAGACGACCUCCAACGAGGUAGUCGACUCCUUCGCCACGGGCGAUCUUGCCGCCGCCGUCCCCGACCUUAAUGGUGACGGCGAGACCAAGCCCAAGCCCAAGCCCGCAAAAAAGGUCUACAGCGAGGCCGGCUCUCAGUGGACCCAGCAGGUCCCUUACAACUACAACGAGUUUGGUGAUGAGGGUCACCACGACUGGGAGCACAAUGCUGCCGUCUACGAGUUCGACGGCGAGAUUGGUGAUGUUGGCCCUGAGCAUCCUGCUCUCGAGAUCCAGCUUUUCGGUGAGCCAGAGACUCGCAAGAAGCAGGGCGUCGACUUUUCCAACAUUGCUGAACUCGAGGUCUACCAGGAGGGCCCUGCUCGCGUCGACCCCAUUGCCAGCUUUGAGACUGCUGGCCUCCAUCCUGCUAUGCUGAACAACGUUAAGCUUGCUGGUUAUGAGACCCCGACUCCCAUUCAGCGUUACUGCCUGCCUGCCAUCAAGAUGGGCUAUGACGUGGUCGCUGUCGCCCAGACAGGUUCCGGCAAGACUGCCGCCUAUCUGAUUCCCAUCCUGAAUCAGUUGAUGGGCAAGGCCAAGAAGCUGGCCGCUACGCGUCCCAAUCCCGCCGCCUUCCGCGAGGGUGUCGACCAGGCUGUCCGCGCUGAGCCCCUCGUUGUCAUCGUCUGCCCCAGCCGUGAGCUGGCUGUUCAAGUCUUCACCGAAGCCCGGAAGUUUUGCUACCGCACCAUGCUUCGCCCUUGCGUCAUUUACGGUGGCGGUCCUUCCAGUGAGCAGCGCGCCCAGCUCCAAAAGGGCUGCGACGUUCUCAUUGCGUCUCCCGGUCGUUUGAUCGACUUCAUGGACGAUACCAGACUCUUGACCCUCCGCCGUGUUCGUUACAUGGUCCUUGACGAGGCUGAUGAGAUGCUUCACGAUGACUGGAAGGGUGACUUCGACACGAUCAUGUCUGGUGGCGAGAUCGAGGAGGGGAAUGUGAGAUACAUGUUGUUCUCGGCCACUUUCCCCAAGCAAUUCCGGGACUUGGCCAAGAACCAUCUGGCCGAGACUCAUGUCCGUCUGCGCGUCGGUCGUGCCGGUAGCACCCACCGGAACAUCAAGCAGGUGGUUUACGAGACGGCUCCUUUCAAUAAGAAGUCGGCUCUCAUCGAUCUUUUGGAGUCUUUGCCUCCCACUCGCACCAUCAUUUUCGUCAACAGCAAGCGGACUGCUGACGAGUUGGAUGACUUCCUCUACAAUUUGAAGUUUCCCUGCACAUCGAUGCACGCCGACCGCACCCAAAAGGAGCGUGAGGCUGCAUUGCGUGGUUUCCGCAGCGGGUUGGCUCCCAUUCUGAUCACCACUGGUGUCACUGCUCGUGGCAUCGACGUGCGCAAUGUCAUGCACGUCAUCAAUUACGAUCUCCCCUCGAUGGACUACGGUGGCAUUGAGGAGUACACUCAUCGCAUCGGUCGCACUGGUCGAAUCGGCCAUCGUGGCAUGGCCUCGUCUUUCUUCACCGAGCGCGAUGAGCCCAUUGCCUCCGUGCUUACCCGUACCCUUCUCGAGACCAGCCAGGAGAUCCCGGAUUUCUUGGCUGGCUACAUCCCGGAGGAUGUCGCCCAUCUCCGAUUCGAAGCUGAUUCAGACUUUGAUGAGACCGAAAACGCAGCGGACAACUUUGGCGGUGAUGCCAACGAUGGUGGUGAUGGCGGUGACGACCCCUGGGGCGCUGGUGAUGCUGCUCCGGUUGCCCAGCCGGUCGCCGAGAAGGAUUCUGGUUGGUAAAUCAGGGAUGACUUCACAUUUGUUUUUUUUUUUUUGAUUGAUUUUGCCUGGGGUAAUCUUGGAGGUUUGUCGGAUGGGUUCGGAAGUUUACCUGGAAAUUUUUGCUCAUAUGACCCGACAACUUGGGAUGGGAUGAUACCUUAGCAUAGCUGUUGCGAUAUGCUUAACCAACAAAGAGAACUAACUGUUUUCAGUGAUCUGCCUGGUCUCU